AUGGAUGAGAGUAUUCGGAGGCGCCGCCCCACCCCUGCCACCCUCGUGCUGACCAGUGACCAGUCCUCCCCAGAGAUAGAUGAAGACCGGAUCCCCAACCCGCUUCUCAAGUCCACUUUGGCCAUGUCUCCACGGCAACAGAAGAAGGUGAUGAGGACCACACCCACAAUGAAAGAGCUCCAGAUGAUGGUUGAACACCACCUGGGGCAACAGCAGCCAGGAGAGGAACCCGAGGGAGCCGCCGGGAGCACAGGGGCCCAGGAGCCCCGCCCACCUGGGAUCCCAGGCACAGAAGCGGAGUCAAGGCCGGGCACGUCUGGGAAAGCACAAAAGCCUGCAGAACCCAUCCCUAAAGCUCAGGAGAGGGGCAGUGAGAAACCCAGCACAAAGGAACCCACAACCCAUAUACCACCAUUGGAUUCCCAGGGAGCCAACUCGGUCUGAGAGCGGAGGAGGUCUCCUGGAAUCGAGACUGCAGUUGGGAAUGCAUGGACACUGGAUCUGUUUCUUAUUCUCUUCACUUUUGGGAAAAAUCUCGUUUUUAAAAAGUGAUAAAUUUGG